AUGGACAGGGAUUCAACUUUUGACAAGACUGAGGGUCAAGCCAGCGGCAACCCUUAUUAUACACCUCGCCAGCACAGCUUUCCAGAAUUUGCCUACUGCACUUCUUCUGUUAGAUCUGAUAAUUCGCCAAAGAAAGAGCACGCGUGUAAGCAAUGCUCACCUGCCCAGUCGGACACGUCUGUCUGGAAGAAUGCAUUUGAUCCUAUCCCAACAGUUGAGGAGGCGAGCACUGCUGAUGACUCCCAUGAGACUGCAUCUGACCAUAUUGAGUAUAAACUUAUCGUAGAGGCCGCUUCUUCAGUCGGCGAGGAAGAUGACGAAGUAUCUUCUGGUCAAGAUUUCAAUGAGUUUGAUGAAACUAUCCGGAACAAUUCUUUUCAUGAUACACUGCCCAUUCAGCCUCUCAUAGACGGCAUCGCUGUCUAAAACUUGAUAAUCACCAGCAUGCUUACACAAGGCAUCACCACACUUUCACUUGAGCCUAGUGAUUAAGAUCCUGAAUGAGAAGAUUUGUGGAAAUGAACCUUUUGGGAACAAAAUGUAUGAACGUUGGAUGCAUGUGCAUCGACCCCUGGACGGCUGGGUCCGGGUGAUGAGAAGUUGAAAUAAGCUCGGUUACGAGAAAUGAUCAUGAUUUGUAUGAAGGAGGAUUAUGAUUGUAUGACAAGCGCUCUUUUGGUAAAACUUGCUAUUGUAUUAUUAGAAAUAGAAUGACUUAAUGCCUG